AUGUCUAUACACGGCGAAGCCCUCUGCAAGCAAAAAUCGCGCGAACUCCUCGAGAAAAUCUCUCUCCCCACCGGUCUUCUCCCCCUCGAGGACUUCGUUGAGGUCGGGUACAACCACACCACGGGAUUCGUGUGGGUGAAGCAGAAGAAGAGCAAGCAGCACAAGUUCCAAGCGAUCGGCAAGUCGGUGUUCUACGAUACGGAGGUCACGGCGUUCGUCGAGGAACGUAAGAUGAAGAAACUGACAGGUGUCAAGAGCAAGGAGAUUCUGAUCUGGGUCACCAUCUCAGAGAUCUAUAUCGACGACCCGAAAUCGGGGAAAAUCACCUUUGGGACUCCGACUGGAAUUUCCAGGUCUUUUCCGGCGUCGGCGUUUGAGGCAGAGAAUUAG